AUGACUCCCCCCCUCCAGUCAAAGGCACUCAAGUCCGAUAUCGUCCCCAGCGACAUCGACAUUCCCGACAACUACGUCUCCUGGACGUUGAAACACCAGAAGGAGCGUCCCCCAAUCGGCUGGCACAACUGGUGGCAGGAGCUCGAGUGGAUCUCCGUCCUCGUCCUCACCAUCACCCCCUCCGUUGCCAUCUGGGGCGCGUUCAACGUCCAGCUCAAGUGGCAGACCGCUGUCUUCAGCGUCCUCUACUAUUUCUUCACGGGUCUCGGCAUUACCGCUGGUUACCACCGGCUAUGGGCGCACCGCGCUUACAAUGCGUCGAAGCCGCUGGAGUACUUCCUCGCCUUCGCAGGCGCUGGUGCCGUUGAAGGCUCCAUCAAGUGGUGGUGCCGUGGUCACCGCGCGCACCACCGUUAUACGGAUACGGCGCUCGACCCCUACAACGCAAAUGAGGGCUUCUUCUGGUCCCACAUCGGCUGGAUGCUCGUUAAGCCCCGCCGUAAGCUCGGUGUUGCCGACGUCAGCGACUUGAGCAAGAACGAGAUUGUCCGGUGGCAGCACCGCUGGUACCGCAGCCUCAUCCUCCUUGUCGGUUUCAUUCUCCCGACUCUCAUCUGCUACUUCGGCUGGAACGAUGCGAUGGGUGGCUACGUCUUCGCUGGCGCGGCCCGUCUCUGCUUCGUUCAUCACUCGACCUUCUGCGUAAACUCCCUUGCGCACUGGCUCGGCGACACUCCCUUCGACGACAAGCACACUCCCCGCGACCACAUGGUUACCGCUCUCGUCACCAUCGGUGAGGGGUACCACAACUUCCAUCACCAGUUCCCCAUGGACUACCGUAACGCUAUCAAGUGGUACCAGUAUGAUCCCACCAAGUGGUUCAUCUGGGCCGCCGCGAAGCUCGGUCUUGCCAGCCACCUCAAGACUUUCCCCGAUAACGAGGUCGCCAAGGGUCAGCUCACUAUGCAGCUCAAGCGGCUGCGCGAGAAGCAAGAGGGCUUGGCGUGGGCUCCGGACAGCAACGACUUGCCGGUCGUCAGCUGGGACACUUUCCAACAACAGGCCAUGAAGCGCCCUCUGGUCAUCAUUGCUGGCUUCAUUCACGACGUUUCUUCGUUCAUGGAUGAGCACCCUGGUGGCCGUCACCUGAUCGCGAAGAUGAUUGGCAAGGAUGGUACGACGGCGUUCUUCGGUGGUGUCUACGACCACUCCAACGCUGCACACAACCUACUUUCCAUGAUGCGCGUCGGUGUCCUCCACGGUGGCAUGCAACACGGUCUCGACGACAAGCGCGUUCCCCCAGCGCAACGUCUCCGCGUCGCCCGGUACACCGAGCUCGCGUCUCCGUACGCGUCCUCGACAGCGUGCUCGGACAACGAGGGCAUUCUCGGCUGA